AAACGAAAGGGCGGAAGAAGAGGAAGCCGUACACAAGAUACCAGACCAUGGUGCUGGAGAACGAGUUCCUCAGUAGCUCCUACAUCACCCGACAGAAGAGGUGGGAGAUCUCCUGCAAGCUGCAGCUGUCGGAGCGACAGGUCAAGGUUUGGUUCCAGAAUCGCAGGAUGAAGAGGAAGAAGCUCACCGAGAGAGCCAAAACCAGAAUCCGAGAUGACCAGGAAUGUAAGGAUGAUGAGCCCAGCAGCGGUCAUUUACAACAACAAUCUCAGCAGCAGCAACUUCCACACUCCCACCAUCUCAACAGUGAGCAACCUCACCAGGCUCAGCAGCAUCCCCAUCAGCAACAACAACAACAGCAUCAUCACCAGCAUCCACAACAGCAUAGCUCACAUCUUCAGCACCACAGGAGUAAUCACAAUGGAAGUGGUGGAGGUAGCCACCACCAUCCUCACCACCACCACCACCACCAACAUCAUCAUCAUAUACAACAUCCGCAUGGGUCUAUGGCUCCCACUAAAGCGGAUGUUAUCGAGCACAAGAAUGGACCAAUCAUAUAG